UGUCUUUCAGAACCCUCCAUUGAAAUCUGACAUGCUUUUUUCUUUUUUCUGAAACUCCACAUUCUCCACCAUAAUCUCAAAAGCUUGUGAAAGUUAACUCCACAACCAAAAGUUUUAAAUCUCAUUUCAUUAUAUAUCCCCACACCCCACUUUCAUAACCAUCAUUUUUCAUGCAACACAUAUUCAAAGAGUCACUUUAUUGUGAAAUAUAUACUUAAGAAGGUUAAAACUCUAUCUAUUUUCGGCGUAUUGAUGAGUUCUCUCUCGGUUCAAGUUGGUAGCAUUCUUUACAAAUUUGGACUCAACCGUCUAGUUGUGCUAUCUGAGAAGAAAAGUAAGUGUGUUAUGAAUCCUCAAACAAACAUAUACAUAUAGUCGCUUUGGUCAGCUUGAAGAGAAGCACAACACAUUUCAGAUGUCAUAGUUUUUCUGCCUUCAAUUUUUCUUCACUAGCAUUGGACAUUAAGUUGGUCAUCAUUAUAUUUUCAACAAAAGAAGGAAGAAUGGGAAUUCAGCAAAAGCUCAAUGCUUUCCUCUUUCAAGUAAGCAUUGUUUUUCUCAUCUUUCUCCUUGUUAGUGCAUCUCAUGAGCACAAGAAAGCUAAAGGCAGGCAUUCAAGCAAAAAAGAUCAUCACAUCAAGAUGAGUUCUAGACUUCAGUUCGAAAUCACAUUACAUGGGUUUCUCUUGUGGGCUUCAAUGGCGUUCUUGAUGCCUGUUGGCAUACUAGUCAUUAGACUGUCCAACAGAGAGGGGAAUCGAAGAAGGCUUAGAAUUAUAUUCUAUGCUCAUGCAGUUUUGCAGAAGCUUGCCGUACUUCUUGCCACUGCCGGAGCAAUCAUGUCCAUAAAAAAUUUCAACAACUCCUUCGACAAUAAUCAUCAAAGAUUAGGAGUGGCAUUAUAUGGUAUUAUCUGGCUGCAAGUUCUAGUUGGUAUCUUUCGACCACAAAGGGGAUCCAAAAGAAGAAGUCUAUGGUUCUUUGCACACUGGGUAAUGGGAACUUCAGUGUCAUUACUGGGUGUCUUGAAUGUAUUUAUUGGUUUACAAUCCUACCAAGAAAAAACAUCAAAGAGCAUAAGAACUUGGAGUAUACUUUUCACUGUUCAGAUAUCUUUGAUUGUUAUCUUCUACCUUCUUCAAGAAAAAUGGGUCUACAUACGAAACCAAGGAGUGAUUUGGGACAACUAAGUACUAACUACUGAUUCCUACUUAUCAAGAAGCCAAGUCAUGCUAAGAAAGAUGAAUCAAUGCCUUUCCAUGGAUACAGGUAUUUGAAACACAUAAGAGCACUGAUGGAUGUGAAUUUCUUUCCAGAGAUAAAAUGUUUGCUGUUGUUGUUGUUUCUUUUUUUUUUUUUCAGAGAAGGCACAGU